AUGGCUAUGGCGAGCAGCAGCAACUCCUCCUUUUCAGCUCCGGUAAUAUUGCCAGGGAAGAUGAAUUUUGAUGUCUUUGUGAGUUUCAGAGGUCAAGAUACUCGUUUCAAUUUCACGGAUCAUCUUUUUGCUGCCUUAGAAAGUAAAGGGAUCGUUGCAUUCAGGGAUGACAAUAAUCUUCAAGAGGGAGAAUCUAUAGGAACCAAACUCCUUUGUGCAAUCGAACACUCUCUGAUUUUCGUUGUGGUCUUCUCUAUCAACUAUGCUUCUUCAACUUGGUGCUUGAAAGAAUUAGAAAAGAUCCUUCAAUUAAGUCAAUUAUUUGGAAAACAAAUUUUGCCUAUUUUCUAUGAUGUUGAUCCUUCUAAUGUCAGACAUCAAAAAGGAAGCUAUGCAGAAGCCUUUUCCAAACAUGAACAAAGAUUUAAACAUGACUCUCAGAUGGUUCAAAGAUGGAGGGUAGCUUUAAACCAUGUUGCCAAUCUCUCUGGUUGGGAUGUUCGUCAAAAGCCACAUUCUGCAGAGAUUAAAAAGAUUGUUCAAAAGAUAAUUAACAUAUUGGAUUGCAAAUCUUCAUGUGUUUCAAAAGAUUUAGUUGGUAUGGAUUCUCCUAUGCAAGAAUUACAAAAGCUUUUACUUUUGGACUCGGUUCAUGAAGUUCGCGUGAUAGGAAUUUGUGGGAUGGGAGGAAUAGGGAAGACAACUCUUGCUACUGUUUUAUAUGAUCGAAUCUCUCAACAAUUCGGUGCAUGUUGUUUUAUUGAUGAUGUAACCAAAAUUUAUAGACUACAUGAUGGUCCACUCGGUGCACAAAAGCAAAUUCUAGAUCAAACUCUCGGACAAGAACACCAUCAGAUAUGCAAUCAUUACAAUGCGACAAAUCUGAUACAACGCAGGCUAUGCCGUCAAAAGGCCCUUAUCAUUCUUGAUAAUGUUGAUCAUAUUGAACAACUAGAAAAAUUAGCUGUGCAUCGUGAAUGGUUAGGUGCCGGUAGUAGAAUCAUUAUCAUUUCUAGAGAUGAGCAUAUAUUGAAACAGUAUGGGGUGGAUGCAGUUUACAAAGUUCCUCUCUUAGAUUGGACUAACUCUCUUCAGUUAUUCUGUCAAAAAGCUUUCAAACUUGAUCACAUUUUGAAUAGUUAUAAAGGGUUGGUUAAUGGCAUACUGCAUUAUGCCAAAGGCCUUCCACUAGCAAUUAAAGUAUUGGGUUCAUUUUUGUAUGGUCGAGAUGUAUCUGAAUGGAAGAGUGCAUUAACUAGAUUGAGAGAUAGUCCAGAAAAAGAUAUCAUGGAUGUGUUGCGAUUAAGUUUUGAUGGGCUAAGGGAGACAGAAAAAGAAAUAUUUCUUCAUAUUGCUUGUUUUUUCAACAGGCAUUUUGGGGAAUAUGUUAAAAAUGUUUUAAAUUGUUGUGAUCUUCAUGCUGAUAUUGGAUUAAGGGUUCUCAUUGAUAAAUCACUUGUAAGCAUUAAAGAUGAAAUGAUUGAAAUGCAUAAUUUGUUGGAAGAGCUAGGCAGAAAUAUUGUUGAAGAAAACACAAGCAAAGAGUCCAGAAAGUGGAGAAUGUUGUGGUUCGAGAAACAACUCUACGAUGUUAAGUUGGAAAAUAUGGAAAAGAAUGUUGAAGCCAUAGUUUUUUAUCAUGAUAGUUACGGUGUUGUAGAAGGUAUGGAUGCAGCGAUAUUCGAAGACUUUUCAAAUCUUAGAUUGCUCAUCUUCGAGUAUGUGAAAGUAUCGGGAAGCCUCAAUCAUCUUUCUAACAAAUUGAGAUAUAUUGAGUGGAAUUAUUAUCCUUUCAUGUAUUUGCCGUCAAGUUUUCAGCCCAAUCAACUUGUUGAAUUGAUAUUGAAGUGUAGCAGCAUCAAACAACUCUGGGAAGGCAAGAAGUAUCUGCCCAAAUUGAGAGUUUUGGAUCUGAGCGACUCCAAAAAUCUAAUAAAGAUGCCAGACUUUGGAGAGUUCCCGAAUCUCGAGCGGCUAAAUCUGAAAGGAUGUAUAAAACUUGUGCAGUUGGAUCCAUCUAUUGGGCUUCUAAGAGAGAUUGUUUACUUGAAUUUAAAAUAUUGCGAAAGUCUAGUAAGCAUACCCAACAACAUACUUGGUCUCAGCUCUCUUAUAGUUCUAAAAAUGCAUGGGUGUUCUGGUUGUUGUUUCAAAGAGUUUAACAAUCCAAGGCAUUUGGAUAUAAGUGAAACUGCUUCAUAUUCCCAAUCAAUGUCCUCCAUCUGCAAAUGGACCACCAAGCCUUCCCAUUCCUUGCUUCCCAUUCCCACAACUAACACAGUUAUGUUUCCUUCCUUGUUUAGCAUAUAUUGUUUACGUGAAGUUGAUAUUAGCUGUUGUGGUUUAAGCCAGCUCCCCGAGGCUAUUGGAUGUUUGCGUUGGUUAGAAAUGUUGAAUCUUGGGGGCAACAAUUUUGUGACACUGCCUAGCCUUAGGGAGUUUUCCAAACUUGUAUAUUUGAACUUGGAGAAUUGCAAGUGUUUGGAAUCUUUGCCUGAGCUUCCUUUUCCUACUACGAUCGAGCAGGAUCUUCGAAAGAACAAAUAUAGGAGGAAAACAGGAUUGUUCAUUUUCAACUGUUCUAAAAUAAGUGAUAAGGAAAAAUGCAGUAGAAUGAUAUUUUUAUGGAUGACACAAUUCAUUCAAGUGAACAAAGAAUACCCUGCCUUCUUUGACAUUGGUAUUAUGAUUCCAGGAAGUGAAAUACCAAGUUGGUUCAACAAUCAGAGCGUUGGUAGUUCAAUUCCCAUAUCUCCUUUUAUGCAGGACAAGGGCAAUAAUGUCGUUGGCUUUUUAUGUUGUACAGUAUUUUCUUUAGCACCUUGUUAUCCAAAUAUGACAAGUUCUGAAAAGCCUUGGGUAUAUAUGAGACUGCAUGCAUCACCGUUAAGAACCACUGCAUAUAUUCGGACAAUUGCCAAUGAAGAUGUUAUUAGUAUCAAAUCAAAUCACAUAUGGCUAAUCUAUUUCCCUUGGGAGUCAUCGAAUAAUGUUGUGUAUGAUGGUUUCCGUGUUGAAACUUCACGCACUGGAGGCUUGGAUGCGGAGGUGAAGAAAUGCGGGUAUCGUUGGAUAUAUAAACAAGAUCUACAAGAGUUCAACUCAACAAUGAUGCAUCUCGGAAAUAAGUUAGCUCUGAAGCGCAAGUUUUGGGAAAUUGAAGAUGAGGCACAACCACAACCACUGCUACACUCAUUCAUAUGA